AUGCCGACGCCCUACACGCUCACCCCCGCCGUCGACAACACCGCGCACGGCCCGCCGCCCAUGGACGCGCCUUCUAAACCCGCCGGCUGCCGGCUGACGCGUCGCGAGUGGACGCGUCAGCCGGCGCUUGUGCGAUGGUGCGCUCACCACCGCCUCCCUUGCCUCCCCCGCCCGUCCUGGCCCACUGGCGACGCCCCCACCCUCGGCAACACACCCCGCUGGCCCGCUGUCAAGAGGCAGGCCGGUGACGUGGCACGCGCGAUGCAGAAGCGCGUCCGCGCUGUCUGCGAGCCGGCGCGCCCGAACGUCGCGCCACAAGCGGCGACGAAAAGCUCCAGCGUCGCCGCAAAAGCGUCGCUGGAGCCGGUGGGGGAUGCACGAGGAGCAGAGACGCUAGGGAACGGCCAGCAGGGCCGUCGAGUCGGUGAGUACACGCCGCCCCACCUCAGCCCGCCUUCCCCUCGCCCUCUGCCCUCGCCCUCUUCCCUCGCCGUCUCCCCGUCCGUCUCGCACGUCGCCGACGCGUUGGCUGACCUUGCCCCGCACCCCGUCGCCCUCCCUUGCUCCUCAGCCCUGCCCUCUGCACGCUGCAACGCGCAGGCUGCCGUCGUGCGCGCGACGCGUCAGCCGGCGCCUACGCGAUGGUGCAUAGCCGCCGCCCUCCUUUCGCCCUCCCCACGUCCCUCCCGCCGUCUGCGCAACCCGGUGACCGGCGCCGCACGUCCACAACACCCCCCCUCACCCGUCGUCAAAAUGCGGGCCCGCACAGCCACGCACGAGGCGCGCAAACGCGCCCCCACUGUCUGCCCGGCACGCCCGAACAUCGCGCCACAAGCGGCGGCGACGAGCUCCAGCGGCGCCGCAGGAGGGAUGCUGGAGCAGAUGGAGGGACGGAGGGUAUUGGACCGCGAGGGGACGGUCUGCACGACCGUCGAACAGGUGAGUACCCGCCCUCGCCCUCUGCCCACCAUCCUCUCCCUCUACCCUCUCCCCGUACGUCUCGCGCGUCGCCGACGCGUCCAUCCUCGUAGCCCCGCACCCCCUCGCCCUCCCUUACCCCAACGCCCCGCCCUCGGCACGCUGGAACGCGCUGGCUGCGCUCGCGCGCGCGACGCGUCACCAGGCGCUUACGCGAUGGUGCGUGGCGGCGGGCCUCCCCUCUCGGUGACGCGUCUGCGCGCCUCGCCGCGCCCUCCUUCGCCCUCCCUUUCCCCGACGCCGCAGCGUGCAGGCUGCCGUUGUGCGCGCGCGACACGUCAGCCGGCGCCUACGCGAUGUAGCGUAGCCGCCGCGCUCCUCUCGCCCUCCCCACGUCCUUCCCGCCUUCUGCGCCACCCGGUAACCGACGGCGCACCUCAAACACGCACCCCGCCCGCCUGUCGUCAAGACGCGGGCCCGACCGGCCACACACAAGGCGCGCAAAUGCGCCCCGAGUAUGUGGCCGGCGCGCGCCCGAACAUCGCGUGCACGGCGAGCUCCAGCGACGCGACAAGGCCGUCGCUGGAGCUUAGGGGAGGCUGGUGA